AUGAAGCUGUUAUUCAUCUGCUUGGUAGGAGUGAGCCUCGCUGUGGCGGCUGUUAUAACAGAGAGAGAAACCCAGGAGGUAACAUCAAUUCAAAACGGACACACACAAUUUAAACAACUCCUCCCUAAAGAUGGAGAAAGUGUUGGGGAGAUUAAAAAGAAAGGAGGAUCAGUGCGUUUCCCAUGUUGUAUUAUAGACUUUGGUGACAUUCGAUAA